CCAGGUGUGAGCAGCUGGAAGAGAGAUGUUCCCCGUGCCGGUGCUGGAAGCAGGAUGAACCUGGUGCCGAUGGGAACAGCUCCCGCGCUGAAAUGGAUGAGCCUGUGGAGCCGCCUCCGCUGGGCGGCCGUGCUGGGGCUCCUGCUGGGCUCCCUGGCCGUGCUGCUGCUCCCGCUGGCUGCUGUGGAGGACCAGUGCCAUGCCCUGCUCCAGGGACUCUCCUUCCUGAAAAGUAAACUGGGAGCAGGCUCCUCGGGGGUCACCAGAUACACAGGACAAACCACCGGCCUGAGCGUGACCUCCAGGGGGCUGCAGCUGCUGGUGCUGAAAGGCAAAGCCUCCCCAGAAGUGAAAUUAGAAGCCAAAGCAGCUCUCAACCAAGCCCUGGAGAUGAAGCGCCAGGGGAAGCGGGAGAAGGCCCACAAGCUCUUCCUGUACGCCCUCAAAAUGGACCCCGACUACGUGGAUGCCCUGAACGAAUUUGGUAUCUUUUCUGAAGAGGAGAAAGACAUUCUCCAGGCUGACUAUUUGUACUCCAAAGCACUGACCAUCUCUCCCUGCAACGAGAAGGCCUUGAUCAAUCGGGACCGGACGCUGCCGUUGGUUGAAGAGAUAGACCAGAGGUAUUUCAGCAUCAUUGACAGCAAGGUUAAGAAGGUGAUGGCCAUCCCCAAGGGCAACUCUGCCCUGCGCCGCGUGAUGGAGGAGUCCUACUACCACCACAUCUACCACACGGUGGCCAUCGAGGGGAACACGCUGACCCUCUCGGAGAUCCGGCACAUCAUCGAGACCAGGUAUGCUGUGCCUGGCAAGAGCCUGGUGGAGCAGAACGAGGUGAUUGGCAUGCACGCUGCCCUCAAGUAUGUCAACACCACCCUGGUGUCCCGGAUCGGCUCCGUCACCAUCAGUGACAUCCUGGAGAUCCACCGCAGAGUGCUGGGCUACGCCGACCCGCUGGAGGCGGGGAGGUUCAGGGCCACCCAGGUGUUUGUAGGACAUCACAUCCCCCCGCACCCCCAGGACGUGGAGAAGCAGAUGCAGGAGUUCGUGCAGUGGAUGAACUCGGAAGAUGCCAUGAGCUUGCACCCGGUGGAGUUCGCUGCCCUAGCCCACUACAAGCUGGUUUACAUCCACCCCUUCGUGGAUGGCAACGGCAGGACCUCACGCCUGCUGAUGAACCUCAUCCUGAUGCAGGCAGGCUACCCCCCCAUCACCAUCCGCAAGGAGCAGCGGGCCGAGUACUAUCAUGUCUUGGAAGUAGCCAACGAGGGGGACGUCAGGCCCUUCAUACGCUUCAUUGCCAAGUGCACCGAGACAACCCUGGACAUGCUGCUCUUUGCCACCACCGAGCACCCCGUGGGCUUGCCUGGCGCCGACGGCAGCAAACCCACCAUCCCCGUCAAGACCUGA